UGAUGUAUAAAUAAUUAUUAGUUAAACUGCCAGCCACCUGAAUGGGUUUUGGCUCUUAGAUACAGAGGAGCUGCUGCGCUUAUGCGGAAGAGCAACACUGAACAACAAACUUCGACAUCUAUGGCUAGAGCAGGCUUCAGAACUUGUUUACUCGUGUAACUGCUAUACCAUUAUGGAGGAAGAAGAGAGCCCUGUUGAUGGCGAGAUGAGGACCCCCUUUGCUGCAGAGACCUAUGCUGCUGAAGCCAUGGCUGCAGACAUGGACCCCUGGAUUGUUUUUGACUCUAGAAGAACUCCCAGAUCCGAGUUUGAUGGCUGGUUGGAGAGUAACAGGCCCUCCCAAGUGUCCAGAUUUGGAGACGAGGAGGGUGGCGUCAGCCCUGUGGGGUGGAUUGCUGUGGUGGGCCCAAACCACUGCCCCAGUGGUGCGGAUGUCACAGGACUCCAGGAGAGUUGGGAGAAACUUUUGGCGAGUUCCCGGCCCGUCACCUUCCAGACAGUGAGGGAGCUGGCCCUGAACCAUAGAGUACUCUCAGGCAAGUGGCUUAUGCACUUGGACACUGGUUUCAAGUUGGACCACGCUUGGGAAUGUGUGGCAAGAGCGGCCCUAGAUGGCAAGAUCUCACUCGUUAAAGUCAGCCCAUUUGACCGCAAGGCAGAGGGCAAGCAGGUCAUUUGUGCCUAUAACCAGAACUUCACUGAUGAGAAUGAGGUCAUGAGGCUGGAUUCGGUCAUUCGUGCCACAGGGGUCAAAUGCCCUCUCUCGUACAAGCCAGAUGUGUAUACAUACCUGGGAAUCUAUCGGAACAACCGCUGGAAUGUUUGCCCCACCAUAUACGAGAGCAAGUUCGACCUGGAGUGUGUGCCCAGGCGUUCCCACGUCAUCAACAAAGUUACCAAUCUUGAGGUAACAUAAGCCACUCAGACCAAGAGAGGAGUUUUGCUGUAACAGUAUGUGAAGAGGUGCGUGAUGAUCCCAGGAGAUGGGUUGGACAGUACAGUCCUCUGACUGCAACUAUUUAGAACAUCAUUGGUUGAACUCCGAUCACAAGUUCAUCCUUUUUUUUUCUUUCU